AUGGGGGCGUGCCCCGGACAGCCGUGCUUUGGUUUUGGCGCUCAAUUAAAACGGUACGGAACCCAAGUCAAAAGUCACCAAAGACAAGAGAGCCCUGUAGUCCUAGCUGGCUGCGAUGGAUUAACACAUCUCCCCGGGCAACAGCGACAACCCUCAUCGCAAAGGUCUUGCCACGGAGGCGGAGGCUGUCAUAUAAAUCAACCAUAA